GUGUUUCGUUCUGCGAAUCAUCUCUGAAAUUGAAGUCUGACUGCAACUUAGCAAGGAUAUGGAAUACGUGAAGGAUACGAUAAUUCUCUUUUUAAUGUAUUUUCAUAACCAUUAGAAUCUUAUUUGGCUAUUUCAACUGUGGCAGAAGGCAGCGAUAAUAUUUUUGACCGAGUCGGAUGAGUUAAAAUAUCUUAAGUCGGGCAGAGAAACUUAGCUUUCCAGCUACAAUGAGCGCAAGAGGUUACCCAUUCAGCUAGCUGUAGCAGAGUUGGUUUAUUUUGUGGCGUUACUUGAGUUGCUUCAGGUCCUACAUAAAACAGAUGACGUAAAUUGCACUCGGAUAUUGGCUUUGUUACAGAAUGUUUCUCUAUGGAAGUCUUUUUGUCGACUGGAAUGGCUUAAAGCUAGCAAACCUACGAUGAAGUAUUUGAGUUCCCGAAAAUGUUUUGCUGGCCAGUAAUUGAAGACCGCCAAGUUACUUGUGGUAGGUAUGUACGGUAUCUAGCUAAUUCGGGACAAGUAACUCACGUCAGCCAAACAAGAGGAAAGACUCGCCCACUUCCUACUACAAUUGUGAAUGAUACACUGGUUUAUUCCAAAUAGCUCGAGGUAGAUACACGGGAAACUGGCAUUGCAUUGUUGUAUUUUAUAAUACAGAAUCAGAAUAUAUACAGCUAACUGUCGGUUUUGAAAGAAGUCUACAUAGGAAUCAUAUUCUGCACUCGCCGAAAAAGGCCUAGUUUUAACUACUCUAUUGACUGGAAAAGAACACGAGUCUUCCACAAUGCCACAUGUAACGUCAUAGACUGAAGUAUUUUUGUAAAGGAGAAAGGAUCGUUUUUCGACUAUCCGUAGUUUUUUCUACACACUAGCGCGUUAUAGUCUCAGGCGAAAAUGGAGACAGGAUUCCAAGUUCAUCAGUCGGAACAGUUUGUCCACCCGUUAUCCAACCCGGGAGCAGCGGGUAUAUGCCCUGAAAUGCUUGAGGUAGCAGAGGAAGCAAACCGAGCAGGUGACUACAAUCUUGCGGCGGAUAUUUACAGCUCUCAGCUGGCGGACCUCCAGUUUCUUGACCCGGGCCUCUGUUUACGGAAAGCCGACGCUUUGGCCCAGGCCGGGCGAAUAGCGGAGGCUCUUGACUCGUAUUGUACUGCUGCCAACAUAAGAAAACUUCGGCCAGAGGAAUUGCGGAUUCUGGUUGAAAACAUAGCUCGAACUCUUCGUGAGAAGGAGUUAAAUAUCAAUGAGAAGACGAGUUUUUAUAAUGCUGGGAAUGGAGACCAUACGGUUAAAAUUGAUGGGGAGGCUUUUGAGGACGAACCUCUGGACUUGUUUUCAUGUCGCCUUUGUAGGUUUUUACUGUUGGAACCAACCACCCUGGAGUGCGGCCACACGUUUUGUAAACAUUGUUUGGAGGAAGAAACUAUCAAAGUCUGCAUACAGUGCAAACACAAACUGAAUCAAAAAGACGGAAAGAUCCUGCCCAUGGGUUUUAGAAUAAAUGUCGUCCUCAGUAGUUUGCUGGAUAAAUGGUUCGAAUCAGAAAGUAAAGCCAGGAAGCAUUGGAUUGAUGGUGAGGUCUUAAGGAAGCGGCACGACUACAAAACUGCCUUGGAGAACUACAACAAAGCUGUAGAACUGGCGCCAUCUAUAGGUCAAUUACUGAGACAGCAUGCUGAAUUGCACAUGGAAAUGGGGAAUUACCGCCAGGCCCUGGAGGACGCAGAGAGAAUGUGCAGACUUAAACCUCACUGGCCAAAGGCUCACUACAUCAAGGCCUCAGCCCUAAGUGAAGCAAACCGCAAUGAAGAGGCCUUGCAGGAGUACUUCAUGUGUGUAGCCCUGAAACCAGAUUGGACGACGGUAAAGCUGGAAGCCCAGAAGGUGCUAAGUGAGCUGUUCUCAUCGGUGUUUGAGAAUGACGGUCAGCCCAUGUCCAUACAUCCUCUACAGGGUGGUCCCUCCACUCGCCUCCUCAAGCCCCCUGCCCUGCUCAGCUAUCUACACUCCCCUAACACCCCCCAGAAGGGCUGCUCCUCACAGGACCCAGAGUUCAGUAGAAGUUCUCCACGUGGGUGUCCCCCAGGCGGCUCCAAACUGCCCCUGUCCCUCGGCUGCAAAGCUCCGAAGCCCCUGCUGGAGGAUGCCACGGGUGUGGGUGGCGUUGUGGCUGGCCUGCCAGCCCCCCCAGGUGGUCUGAAGAGGAGACACAGUGGGGAGGAGUCAGCCGUCGGCGCCCCCUCCAAACUGCUGAAACCGGAUGAAUCCUGCUCUCCUGCUGCUGUCCUCGGGGGGAGGACGGUGGCCUCAGACCUGCUGGACACUGGAGACUUGGAGUGUUCACUCUGCAUGAGGCUUUUCUAUGAGCCAGUCGCUACCCCCUGUGGACACACCUUCUGUCUCAAGUGUCUGGAGCGCUGUCUUGACCACAACCCCAACUGCCCGCUCUGCAAAGAGAACCUCUCCGAGUAUCUGGCCACUAGAGGGUACAACAAGACCGUGCUGAUGGAGCAGGUGCUGCAGCGUUACCUAGGAGAUGAGCUGGCUGAGAGGAAGAAGAUCCACGAGGAGGAGAUGAAGGAGCUGUCAAAUUUGAACCAGGAAGUGCCGAUCUUUGUGUGCACCAUGGCCUUCCCCACCAUUCCCUGUCCUCUGCAUGUCUUUGAACCGCGCUACCGUCUCAUGAUUCGCCGCUCCAUGGAGACCGGAACCAAACAGUUUGGCAUGUGCGUUGCUGAUGAGCUGAAGGGUUUUGCUGACUACGGCUGCAUGCUGGAGGUCCGUGAUGUCAAGUUCUUCCCGGACGGGAGGUCUGUGGUGGACACCAUAGGAGUGUCCCGCUUCAGAGUGCUGAGCCACGGCCAGAGGGAUGGAUACAGCACGGCAAAGAUUGAAUACCUGGAGGAUAGAAAGGUGGAGGGCGAGGAGCUAGCCGAGCUGCAGAAGCUUUAUGCCUCUGUGUACGACCAGGCCCGCGGUUGGUUCACUUCCCUUAAAGACAACAUGAAGAGCCAGAUAAUCAGCCACUUUGGAGAUCUCCCCGGGAAGGACCCUGACCCACAGGGUAACCCCAGUGGUCCAGCCUGGGCUUGGUGGCUGUUGGCUGUGCUGCCUCUGGACAGCCGUGCCCAGCUCACCAUCCUGGCAAUGACCUCCCUGAAGGAACGCCUCAUCGCCAUACGCAGGGUCCUGAUAUUUGUCACACGCAAGAGACCCCGAUAACCAUUCAACCAUUCAUAUUAAACCCAUUGAUCAGCUUUCAUAUUAGGGUGCAAAGCUUUAGGGUCCCUUACAAACGUAGCUCUCUGAAGAAUGCUGUUGGACUGGACUGUAUCUGUCCCCAGUUCACCUGUGGCCUCUGUUACUGUCACAAGAACUUACCGGAAACCAUGAAGGUUGUCACAUUCUCAGCUUUCUCUGCUCUUUCUGUCAGUAUAGGCAGAUGGAGGUCAAGAUCAUCACAGGCUGGUGAUUAUGUCAUGAUGCACUUAACCUGAACAGAACUAGCUGCUGGCUCUGCAACGGUGUGACUUUUUUUUUUUUUUGUCAUGUGAUACACACUAAGAGAUUUUUCCUCAAAUUGUACAUUUUGUGAAAGAAAACAACUGACACGUACCAAAAAAUAAUUUGUAUGACUGAAAAAAAGCACAGAAUGUAUUGGGUUGUCUUUAUGGGUGUGGUUAUGUUUCUGUUCCUUCUCCAAUGAAUCUGGCAAGAGACUCCUAUGACCCAGAGAGAAACUGGAGUAGGUGUACAUAUGAGAAUGUUUCCUGUUUCAAUUGCUGCUGUUCGCUGACUACAUUACUGGAGGAAAUGGAUGCAAAACAUGAAGCUAUGCAUCUCUCCCAGUCCCAUGUAUGUGCCUCAAUAAUGGUUAGUAUUAGUGAAUCUGAAAGGAAUGCGUAACAAUCCUCUACUUCAUGUGUAUGUUGGUUGACGAAAAUUUGGAUUUAAGCUCAUGUACAAAAACGAGACAUUUAGCGUAAUUAUUUUUUUAGUUUGAGUUUUAAAUACGCUACUGCAUUUCUCCAACAGCAGUGGUUUUUGGACAGGUUAUCAGACUACGAUAAUCCAAAGUGAUUCUCCAAAAAGACAACCAUGAUGGUGUAUAUACAUUUAUUGUAUGUCUGAGUUGGGAGGAAAUAGGUUUUUUGAUAACUUUUUGAUUUCUCUGCUAUGCCACAAAUGUAUAUUAUGUAGCUAUCUGUGGUGGGUAUAAAUUGGGUGAUUCAACUGUGAUGAUUAUCUAUGUUUACUCUCAGGCCUUUACAAUGUCUUAAGUGUAAUAUUUUGACGUUUCUCCUUGUGUGACACUCAACUCCUCAUUGGGUAUUAAUAUGACAUGCUGCAUUUCAAGAGGUACCUGAAUACCACAAAGGUAACUCCUUCUGAGCACCUUUUGCAGACACCAAGUACAUUACAGGCAAAUGACUCACUGUGGAAAACCGUUCUCCAGUUGUGUGAAAAUUAUUUGGAAUCUCCAUAUGGUGUGUCCUGUGUGGUCCAGCAGUUCCACCCUCUGACCCCAGGACUCAUUCCGGCUUUGGUAUGGUUCAAGUCUUGCCCAUUGCCCUAGGAUUUCCCCCCAAGCCAUGUAGUGUCUACUCAGUUAUUACUUCAGUUCUUAGCGUGGUCUCUACUUUCCAGAUGGGAUGUAUUAAAUUGAAAAUGUUCUGCUCCGGAA